UUGGAAUGGGUCACGGCUUUGUUCAACAGUAGGAGGGGAGGGCUGACGGCUACAGUCGCUAAAAGUGUAAAAUACAAUCAGCCGGGCGAACUAUCCUGUCAUAUCUCUGUGUAGCUGUGUUGCAACGUAACUUCCAGAUAUUUGUUUCUCCUGGACUCGAAGGAUUUCGUCUGAGGGAUGUCAAAGCGAGUGCGAAGCAGAGAGGUCUGCGCUGAUUGCAGUGCUCCGGAACCUCGCUGGGCCUCUGUUAACAGGGGUGUGCUGAUCUGCGAUGAGUGCUGCAGCAUCCAUCGAGGUCUUGGGAGACACAGCUCUCAAGUCCGACAUCUGACUCAUUCUCCGUGGCCACACUCACAGCUGCAGAUGGUUCAAACACUGUAUGGCAAUGGAGCUAAUUCCAUAUGGGAGCACAGUCUUCUGGAUCCUUCCUCUUCAGUGAGUGGGAAACGCAAAGCCAACCCACAGGACAGAGUGCAUCCUAAUAAGACAGAGUUCAUCAAGGCAAAAUAUCAGAUGCUGGCGUAUGUACAUCGGAUGCCUUGUCGGGAGGAUGACAGUGUGACUGCAAAAGACCUCAGCAAGCAACUUCAUUCCAGUGUCCGUACUGGGAACCUGGAGACCUGCCUUAGACUCUUAUCUUUAGGAGCUCAGGCUAACUUCUUUCAUCCAGAGAAGGGAAACACCCCACUACACAUAGCAGCAAAAGCAGGUCAAAUAUUACAAGCGGAGCUAUUGGCAGUUUAUGGAGCUGAUCCUGGGGCGCUGGACUCGAGUGGGAAGACCCCCAUUGAUUAUGCAAGACAAGCUGGGCAUCAGGAGCUGGCAGAGAGACUAGUGGAGAUCCAGUAUGAACUCACUGACCGGCUAACAUUUUACCUUUGUGGACGAAGACCAGAUCACAGAAAUGGGCAACACUUCAUCAUUCCUCAGAUGGCAGACAGAAAUAACAGCCUGGAUUUGUCAGAGUUUGCAAAAGCUGCAAAGAAGAAGCUGCAGUCGCUAAGCAACCAUCAGUUUGAAGAGCUGGCCAUGGAUGUUUAUGAUGAAGUCGACAGAAGAGAAACGGAUGCAGUGUGGCUGGCCACUCAGAACCACAGCACGCUGGUAACAGACACCACAGUUGUGCCUUUUCUGCCUGUCAAUCCUGAGUACUCAUCUACCAGAAACCAGGGUCGUCAGAAAUUGGCAAGGUUUAGUGCUCACGAAUUUGCCACACUGGUCAUCGAUAUUCUAACAGAUGCUAAGCGACGGCAGUGGGGUAAUUCCUGUGAAAGUCCCAAAGAUAAUGUGGAGCUGAUCCUUCAGGGAAUAGACGGUCACCACAACAGUGAGGGCCAAGAUAAUGACCAGCCAGAUUACGACAGUGUGGCAUCAGAUGAAGAUCCGGUCCAAGAGGCAACGUGUGGAGACAGCUGCAAUGAUGGAAGGACCAAGAGCUCAGAGUCUUCUGAUCUGUCUGAUGGACCAAUCACAGUGCAAGAAUUUAUGGAGGUGAAGAGCGCCCUCACUGCAUCAGAAGCCAAAAUACAACAGCUUCUGAAAGUCAACUGUCACCUUAGUGAAGAGCUACGUUUGAUGCAGAGCAAGCUGAAUUCCCUGCAGACUGAAAACACAACACUGCGAUGGCAAACCCCCAGCGGACAGCAACAACCCCAGGGCCUCUUUGGUCGACAGCAACCUCGCGGAGGCCGCGCCAGGUCCAUGUAUGAGACGGGCUCUACUCCAAGGCAGUACCCCCACCGAGUUGACACAGCUCGGCAUGACGAUGGAGUCAUUUUACAACCCUUCCCUACCAAUAUUGGUAGGGGUCCUUUGGGGACGGCUGCUUCCUCCCUUCCUACCUUCCCCUCUUCCCUCUCCUGGUCGUGGGAUGAGAGAUCUCGAAGGGGCUGUAGUCUGGAAGGACAGAGUACAGUGCUGGAGAAUGACUAUGACACUACACCCAAUCACUCUGAAAUGGAGGAGAGUGGCAGCCUUCUUGCUGCCUCUGAAGCAGCCCACCAGCAGGAGGAGGGCGAGGAGGAUGCCACCCUGCCUUGCACAGAGGACGUCAUCUGUAAGACGGAGCAGAUCACUAAGAACAUCCAGGAGCUUCUGAGAGCUGCCCAGGAGACCAAACAUGAAAGGCCGUCCUCAGAGACAGUGCGAGGGUCUCUGUGUCUGCUGACUUCAAGCGCUAGCCGGCUCCACAGAGAGUGCCAGAAGGCCGCAGAACACAACCUCAGCCCGUCAGACAUCCAGCUGGUCACUCAGCAGGUCAUUCAGUGCGCCUAUGACAUAGCCAAAGCUGCCAAACAACUUGUUACUGUGACAACCAAAGAAAACAACAACUAA